GAUAUUAUUCCCAUCGAGGAAAGAAAAUUAGCUCUAUCAUUAUUCCACGCUACUCCUCUUCUGCGCUCUCGUUCCCAAAAAACUUUCUUGAUUUCUUCUGCUGAUCUCCCCUGUUAAGCAUACCAGCAACCAUGGCUGCUGAGCUUGUGGGUGGAGCAUUUCUCUCUGCUGCUCUUCAAGUUGUUUUUGAUAGGCUGGGUCCUACUUCUACCAUAUACAAGUACUUCCGAUCUAGAAAGCUCGAGGGUCGAUUGCUCAGAAACCUCAACAACACCCUCAUCUCUGUGAAUCAAGUGCUCGAUGAUGCAGAAGCAAGGCAGUACACAAACUCCAAUGUCAAGAAAUGGGUUCAGGAGCUCAAACAUGCUGUUUAUGUGGCUGAUGACCUCUUAGAUGAGAUUGCUACUGAGGCGACCAGGUUGAAGAUAGAAGCUGAGAAUCAAACUGAUUUCAAUAAGGUACGAGGCUGCUUGACUGCCGCUGAUAAUCCAUUUGACAAACACAUGGAAACUAGAAUCCAGGAAGUGCUUGACGACCUGAAGUCCCUUGUAGAACAAAAGGAUUUUCUGGGACUGAAGGAAAGCUCUGUUGGUGGUAGCGAAGUUGGAGUUGGUGCGAGAGUAUCCUCUAGAUUGCCAACUACAUCUCUGGUGGCUGAUGAGUCCCGCAUAUAUGGCAGAGAUGGUGAUGAAGAAGAAAUAAUUCGUCGUUUACUUGAUGAAGAUCUGAGCAGGGACCCACUAUCUGUGAUUUCUGUAGUGGGUAUGGGUGGGUCGGGGAAAACCACUCUUGCUCAACUGGUGUACAAUGAUGGGAGGAUCAAGGAUCAAUUUCAGCUCAAAGCUUGGGUGUGUAUUUCCGAAGAAUUUGAUGUUCUUAGAAUUACAAAAACAGUACUUUCUGCACUUGAAUGUCCAAUAACAGGAUAUGAAGAUCUAAAUCAGCUCCAAUUGAAACUGAAAGAGAAAUUGACGGGGAAGAAAUUUUUUCUAGUUUUUGAUGAUGUCUGGAAUGAGCGCCACUCCAAUUGGGAUUCGUUACGAGUUCCUUUUUGUUUUGGGGCUUCUGGAAGUAAGAUCCUUGUUACAACACGUAGUGAAAAGGUAGCAUCAGUCAUGGCCUCUAUUAGAGUGCAUCACAUAACUUUGUUAAAUGAAGAAGAUGGCUGGAAGUUAUUUGCAGAAUAUGCGUUCAAAAACAAGGAUGCUAACUCGUGUUCAAAUCUACAGUCAAUUGGCAAAAAAAUUGUUGAGAAGUGCAAAGGGUUGCCUCUAGCCAUAAAAUCAUUGGGUGGCCUCUUGCAUACAAAGUUUUCAGAGAAAUAUUGGAAUGAAAUUCUUGACAGCGAGAUAUGGCAGUUAGCAGAUGGUGAUGAGGAUAUAAUGCCAGCUCUAAGACUAAGCUAUCAUUAUCUUCCUUCUAAUUUGAAGAGGUGCUUUGCAUUUUGUUCUAUAUUUCCUAAAGACUUUCAAAUUGACAAGGAGUCUCUAAUCCAAAUGUGGAUGGCAGAGGAUUUGAUAUAUUGCAACCAAGGAAAUAAAAGUGUGGAGGAAUUGGGGAAUGGAAUUGUGGAUGAACUAGAAUCAAGGUCAUUUGUUGAGAAAUCAACAUUUUCUGAUGACAAAUUAAUUAUGCAUGACCUUGUAAAUGAUUUAGCGAAAUCAGUCUCUGGAGGAUUUUGUUUGAGGAUGGAGGUUGAUAAGGUGCAAAAUGAAAUUAUUGAAAGGAUACGCUACUGUUCAUUCUCAAGUUUCGUCAACAAGGAUGAUGAAAUAUCAUUGGAACCUAUUUGUGAGAGCAAGCAGUUACGUUGUUUUGCUCAACUACGAAAACGGUACAGUGCUACUGGUGGUAAGGUUGAGGCUAAAAUGUUUUCAAGAUUUAGGCACUUGCGAAUUUUGGGCUUGAAUUCUGUUGCAACUAUCACUAAAUUAAGUGAUGGUAUAAGCAAUUUAAAGCACCUUCGUUAUCUAGACCUCUCUGAUAGUGGGAUUGAAAAGUUACCAGAUUCAAUCUGCACCAUGUGUAAUUUGCAAACUUUGAAAUUGAACAGUUGCGGUCAGAUUGUUGAGUUACCUCAGGAUUUGUACAAAUUGAUCAAUUUGCAUUAUCUAGACCUUUCUAAUAGUGGGAUUGAAAAGUUACCAGGUUCAAUCUGCACCAUGUGUAAUUUGCAAACUUUGAAAUUGGACAGUUGCGGUGAGAUUGUUGAGAUACCUCAGGAUUUGUACAAAUUGAUCAAUUUGCAUUAUCUAGACCUUUCUAGGACUGGGAUCAGCGAGUUACCUGAUUCAAUUUGUAAGGUGCGCAGUUUGCAAACGUUGAAAUUGCAAGGGUGUGGGUCUCUGGCUGAAUUGCCACCAGAUUUGCCCAAUCUCAUCAAUCUUCGACAUCUUGAUUUGGUUGGGACUUGUAUAAGGGAGAUGCCAAUGAACAUGGGAAGGAUGAAACAUCUUCAAGGAUUGACAAGCUUCGUUGUGGGAAAGCAAAGCGGGUCCAAUAUUAGGGAGUUAGGAGAACUCAAUUGUCUUCAAGGCAGUCUUGAGAUUUUAAAGUUGGAUAACAUCAGUGAUCCAAUGGAUGCCGGGGGGGCCAAUAUGAAAGAGAAGAAUUACUUGAAUGAAUUGACUUUGGGAUGGAGUGGAAACAAUGAGGAUUCACAAAAUGAAAGGUCUGUUUUGGAGGCUCUUCAACCUCAUAUAAACUUGAAACGUCUUGUUAUUAAAAACUAUGGUGGCACAAGGUUUGCGGACUGGAUGAAUGCUCCUUAUCUACCUAAUGUAGUAUCUCUUGAGUUGAGGGCAUGUAAAUAUUGCUUUUGUUUACCACCACUUGGGCAGCUGCCCUCUCUAGAGUGGCUUCACAUUUCUCAUUUAGAAGGAAUAAAGGAGCUUGGGUCAGAGUUUUACGGGGAGAAUUUGUCAAUUGCUCCGUUUCCAUCCCUUGAAUAUUUGAUAAUUGAAAAUAUGGGGGAAUUGGAAGAAUGGAAGCAUUUUGAAGGUGAAUGUUUUCCUCGCCUUGAAUACAUCCGCAUACUCAGCUGUCCGAAAUUAAGGAAAUCCCUUCCUCUAUGCCUUCCAUGUUUGGAAUGGCUAGAUAUUGGAGGAUGUGAAGGCUUGGAACUUGAAUCAUUCCCUAUGAAAGAUUCCUCUUAUCCGAAACUUAUAUGCAUCACCCUUGCUGGCAUGACCCAACUGAAGUCACUUCAUGAAGACAUGCAUGCACGGCUCCCCUGUCUUCGUGAAUUAACUCUAAGGAGCUGUCCACAGCUGCAAUUGGUUCCUCAGAGAGGUUUUCCUUCGAGCCUUGUCCUUUUCAAUAUUAGAAUAACAAGUUGUCCGAAACUCAUGGCUUGUCGUAUGAGCUGGGGCUUGCAAGGGCUUCAUUCUCUAAAACAGUUACAAGUGGGUGAUCAUGAUUUUGAAAAUGCCGAGUCUUUCUUAGAAGAGCAACAUUUGCCGCCCAAUCUUACGAAACUUCAUCUUGUUGGAUGUUCAAAUUUGACAAAAAUAAACAACAAUGGCCUUCUCUGCCUCACAUCUCUUCGAUGGUUAUGGAUUGAGGAUUGCCCAAAUCUCGAGUGCUUGCCAGAGGAAGGUUUACCCAACUCCCUUUCUUCAAUAUGGAUUAGUGGAAAUAGUCCAUUGCUAAAGCAGCGGUACCAAAAAGUGGAUGGACCAGGCUGGCAUAAAAUUUCUCACAUUCCAGACGUGCGUAUAGAUUAGAUGGGACUGCAUUCCUACAGUUCCUUCAUUCAUUCGCCCGGGAGUCAUGAUGCAUAUAUAGAGUUUCGUCACUAAUAUUCUUUCUUAAUUAAAGGAAUGCUUAGCGAGAUACCAAGUCUUUGGACUAUCCUGAGUUUCCCAGAAUCAUAUGCCAUCCCAUGUAUUGCCAAUCCUUGUUGUGAUCAUCAUCUUCCUCGGCAUCUCGUGGUGCUUUUCCUAUAAGCAACAUGGUUGGAUUCUGCUUGUGAUUCCAGUAAUGAUACUACUCUUACAUUAUUAGUAGUUUCCAAGGAUGUGUUUUAGCCUUUUAGGAUCCACUUUUGCAGGCUCUUCUUUGAAAUGAAAAUCCUAAUAAUAUGAUCAUGAUGCCAAGUUUCAUGAAUCUGUAACCCUUUUACUUGUCUCAACAACAAGCUCAAGAAUUUUAUCAGAAAUGCUAAGCCAAAUACCAUGGAUUUGGACUAUCCUGAGUUUCAAUGCAUGUAAAGCAAAUUUGUGAAGAUCCCAAUCCUCACAUGAAAUCUUGUCCACAAAACCACAUACUCGAAGCUUCCUCUAUCCAACCUUAUCUUCCCAUGUGCUGGUAGUCCUAGUUGCGGUCUCCAUCUUCCUUGGCAUUAUUCUAUGAGGAAGUUUUAAAAAUGCAGAUGAACAAUGGGGCUGUAUUCUAUUCACUACCCUAGUUGUGAUGUUGCUCUUAAUUUUCUUCUGAGAGGAAGAAAGGAGGACCCAUCAUUUUCCAUUUAUUGUACUCUUGCUUAUCAUGGUUCUGUAAGAAUCACCUUCCUUGAAACCGAAGUUCUGGUCUGUUUGGUUUCUUUCUCUAGAGGUUUGAAUUCCUGGAUAAAGUUACUUAUUAUUUUGGUGAAUUUGAUAGUAAAAUGUCAAAAACCUAUACCAAUUGUUAGAUAAUAGGAAACUUUGAAUCUAACCACAUGAAAAUGACAAAAUAUAUGAUAGGAGACAGAGCUGUAUGAAUUUGGUUUAAGAUAUGGAAUCCUGUUUAUUUGGAAAGAAGCUUGCUUAAUGAGGAUUAGAACUUCUCUGAUAAUACCCUGCUAAAAACAAUUGUGAAGAUAUUGAAAUUCAGUUUUAGGCAUGCUUGAGAAUUGAAUCAUAAUUGAUCACCUUAGAAAAGCUUUCUAUAUGUGUUUAUGCUUCUUUAUAGACUCUUCUUUUAUCUCAUGGUUACUUUCUUCAAAUUAUUUAUAAUUGACAAUAAGCACCUGAAGCUUACUUUGUCCUGCAUCUACUUCUCCUUUUGUAUCUUGUAUUCACUUUUGAAGUUUUUAUUUGUAGUUGGAUUUGAAUCUGAAAUAAAUUUGCCAAUCUUGUCUGUGAAAGUUGCAACAAGUGAACAACUGGCGAAAGCUAAUGGCACAUGGAGUAUUGAAAUUUAUGGAUUAGCUGCAAACUAUCAAUGGUACCUAUUGUCCUUUAUUUCCCUCUGUUGCUUUGUUUCUUUAAGAUUGAUAUUUGUCCUAUAACAUUUCAAAGAAAGGAUAACCAUUAACCAAUGUAUACCAAUGAAGUUAUUCGAAUUAGUAUUUUAUGAAACUAAUUGAUUCCGUUGUUCAAUUUGACUCUUUCUUGUUAAGACUCGAGAGUUUUAUGACCGUUCACUAUUCCUCAAGAAAUCUAGUGAAGCCAAGAAAUAUAUUCCAUGUGUAGUAAUGCUGAGCCGAAGACCAUGUCUUUGGACUAUCCUGAGUUUCAAUGUAUAUAUGUAAAGCAAAUCUAUGAUGAUCCCAUCCUCACAAGAAAUCUUGUCCACAGAACCACAUGGUUGAAGCUUCCACUAUGCUAGUGGUGGUCUUCAUCCUCGGCAGUUGAUGGUAUUCUAUGAGAAAGUAUCAAAAAGUGUAGAUUAACAAUGGUGCUCUUAAUUUUUUAUGGAUAGUUCAGUUUGGUUCUUGUUUGGCUCAUCAACACGUAAGGAAGUAAGGAGGACCCAUCUUUUUCCAUUAGAGGGGUGUGGAUGUUCUUAUUCUGCUUUGGCUCAUUUUUGUUUUGUAAGAGUCAUCCUUUCUUGAAAAUAAAGCUCUUCUAUGUUUUGGUUUCUUUUUCUAGAGGUUUGAAUUCCUUGAUGAAGUUACUUGGUUUUCUAAGAAUUUGACAGUGAACUUUUCUGUGACUUUCAGCACUUUCUUCUGUUGGAAAAAGGAUAGGAGUGUGUUUCUGGGCACAUUAAUUGUAAUUUUUGUUGAUUUUCUUAUAUUCCCUUGCAUUGGCUGUUGAAAAUGUGUGAAUUGAUAAAUUAAUUGGCUUGAAGUUUUUCUGGUUGCAGGUACAACUAGACUAUGGUUGGUCUUAUUGAAGUGACUAACACACAGCAUUGAUUCUAUGUGAGAUCAGUUUAUGUGUUAUGGAUCAAAUGAAUGAUCAAUUGCCUGAAAAAUUUCUCCUCUUUUAGCCUUGGUUGGAUUUGAAUCUGGAACAAAAGUACGUGCCAAGCUUGUCAAUCAAUGUAGCAACAAAUGAAACAGCUGCCAAAAACUAAUGGCAUGAGGGAAAAUUCAAAUGGUUGAAUUAGUCUCCCAUGAUCAAAGAAAUGCUUAAGGCAAAGACCAUGUCUUUGGACCAUCAUGAGCUUCAAUAUAUGUGAAGCAAAUUUGUGAUGAUCCCAUCCUCACAACAAGUCUUGUCCACAGAACCACAUGCUUGAACCAUCUCCAACCUCAACUUCCCAUGUGCUGCUAUUCCUAGUUCUAGUCUUCAUGUUCCACAGUAUUUGAUCGUAUUCUUGUGAAAGUUGUAAAAAGUGCAGAUGAACGAUAGGGUUGGACAGGGUGGGAAUAUGGUUCUGGACAUAUUAAUUGCAAUCUUUGCUGGUUGCAGGUACUUUGAGAUUGCAAUCUGGCUUUUUAUAUAGCACUACCCUUUAUUAAUUUUAUGACUGUUCAUUAUUCCUCAAGAAAUCUAGUGAAGGCACGAUUGAUUGCUGUUCUUUGGGAUUCA